AUGCUUGAUGGUGUCUCACAGGAUGGAAUCCGACGUGGUAGACCCAGAGCAGAUACUGUCCGGGAUUUAAUAAAUGAAGGAGAGCAUUCGUCCAGCAGAAUUCGUUGUAACAUCUGCAAUAGGGUGUUUCCACGGGAGAAAUCGCUUCAGGCCCACAAAAGGACUCAUACAGGUGAGAGACCCUAUCUGUGUGACUAUCCAGACUGUGGAAAAGCCUUUGUUCAAAGUGGACAGCUCAAAACGCAUCAGCGUCUUCACACCGGAGAGAAACCUUUUGUUUGUUCAGAAAAUGGCUGCCUGAGUAGAUUCACCCAUGCAAACCGCCACUGUCCGAAGCACCCGUAUGCCAGGCUGAAGCGAGAGGAGCCCACAGACACACUCAGCAAGCAUCAGGCUGCAGACAACAAGGCUGCUGCAGAGUGGCUGGCAAAGUAUUGGGAAAUGAGAGAGCAGCGCACCCCCACCUUGAAAGGCAAGCUGGCCCAGAAGGCCGACCAGGAGCAGCAGGACCCUCUGGAAUACCUUCAGUCUGAUGAGGAGGACGAUGAGAGGAGCGGUGCCCAGCGCCGGCUGCAGGAGCAGCGCGAGCGCCUGCAUGGAGCCCUGGCCCUCAUAGAGCUGGCCAACCUGACUGGGGCGCCGCUCCGCCAGUAGCCAGGAUGCGGACUCCUGCCCUGUGCAGAAGUACUGCCCGGCGUACUUCAAAAGUAGAUCCCUGGGCAUAAGCUAAGCACCUUAUUUGCUUAUCAUAGGCUGCUAUUCUGUAGAAAUUUAUGAAGAAUGUCAUUGCCCCAGAAUAUGGGGUGAGAGAGAAUUGCACUUUUUUUAUAUGGAAAUGAAUUUGAUGUAAAGCUUAAAAUAUUUUGUAAAUAUGGACUGCACAGUACAGGGUAGAAAACUACAUAUUGUGGGAAGCUAGGUUUUGCAAGUUUAAUGAAUUCAUUGGAAGCAGUUCUCACAGGAAGCACUUUCUGAAUAAGACACUUGUAUGAAAAACAGGAUGGUACAAAUAGCCAAAGAAGGUUGAAAUAGAUUAUUUAUAAGAUCAUUUUAAACAAUGUAUAUGAGUAUGUUUACCAAUACUGUAAACACUGAAGCAAGAAAGCAUAAGAUAGGUGUGUAAGAUAUAUAUUUUUAAACUGCAAAAUAGUGUGCCCGAUAAGGCUAGAGAAAUGGGAAACUAUUUUGGAAAAUGUUCUAAGUUAUGGACUUGGAAGAAAAUAAAUAUUUGAGGAUCUUGGUAAGAUGCACGAUAGUUCAGAAUUUUCAAAAUUGGAGUAAAAUCAGUCUUAUUCUAUCUUUAUGGGGCUUUACAAUUCAGUAUAAUGUUUAAGUUUGAAAAGCACUUGUCAUCCCUAGCAUGUUCACUUGGGAACUUUUGCACAUUUCAUAUUUCUCAUCUGCUGAAAUUGAGUGAUUAAUCUUGCAAAGUCUAGGUAACAUGGUAAUUGAUCUUUCUUUUCUUAAAAAAAAAAUAUAUAUAUAUUAUGGGCCCUGUAAUGAGAUUUGGCACUUGGAGUUUUAUUAAUAAAAGGGACAUCUACAGGGUUGUUGUGUAGUGAAAUAUGUUAGAUUUUUUGUUAGCAAACACUAAAUUUUAAUUGUACUGCUUGUUUAGAAUGAUUAGCAAAUAGAAGCCUCCAUAUUUAUAUUUUCAGUGCAUAAAUCCACCUUCUUGCUUUACUUCAGAGUAACAUGCCAAGCUGUUUUGUGUUCACUAAAUUUAGCUAUAAGUGAAAUACUGCAGAAAAUAUUAGCUACUCAAAUAAGUCGGCUUCUGGAAUAGUUUUAACUGCAAGUGUGUUAACUUGUGUGGUGGUUUUAAACCAUUUUUCCAAGUAGAUGAAGUAAAUAAACAUCACUUUAUGUUCUGAAGCACGAACAGAAAAAUCAAGAGCUGAGCAGUCCACCUCCUUUAUAUAGGCAAAAAGCUGCAUCAUUUUGAUUUUUCUUAUAAGCAGAACUAAAUGACAUGCAUAGCAUGGUAAUUUAUAGAUUACUUAAUUGGAGUAAAACUCAGUAAUAAGAGGGAAAUAUUGGCUCUUUAGUGCCUUUUUUCUCUUUUGAGUUGAAGUGGUACCCUACAGGUGUAGUUUAAACAUUAUCUAGAAUGUAGGCUUCUUUAUCCCAAAAUCCCCAUGUGUUGCAGUACACAGAUAGUUUAAAAUAUGUAGCCACUGGGAAGGGGAAGUAUGUAAAUGUUUUUAAGAGGAAUGAAAGUAUGUAAGAAGAUAUGAUAGUUACAAAUAAUGUGUAUGAUGGGGACAUACUUUAAAAAUGUAAUUCCUCUGUACAGUAAAUUACAAAUUUUUUUUUUUUUUUUUUUUUUUUUUUUUUGUAAUAUGAGAAUUUAUAUCUGUAAUGGUCUAAGAAUUUUGUUUGUAAUCUGGUAUAUAGAAUUUUAACUUGGAGCACUUAUAAGCCCUGGUAAGAGAGACUUUAACAACUGAAUUUUCUUGGUUUAGGUUUCAACAUUUCCUCUAGAAUUUUUCCUUUUAAAAAUGAUUUAAAUGAACUAAAAAGCAACACUCAUCAGUCUUGAAAAAUUUAAAUUUGAUAAACUUACCUAAAGAAGGAAGGGCAGUAAGAAUUUAAAAAAAUAACAAACAUUUACCAAUUUACAUAUGAUAAAAUUGAAGGCCUUCAAAAGAAGGUUUUUGUUUUUCUCCAGUCAGCUUUUAUCAACUAUAAUAGUUAUAUUCACAUUUUUUAUUUGUAUAAUUGGGACAGUUUAAGAAAUUAUUACAGCUAUGUACUUUAGAAACACUUAAAGUGACUUUUCUUGAUAUAAGCUAUAUACUUGUACAAAAUAACAUUGGCAUCCAAAAUUUGAGGUGUGUUAUGACUGCUUUUUGUUUUAAAAAUGUGGUUUACAUUCAAAUUUUUGUAGUGUUUUGUGAUUCAUUUGGCUAAGUUGUAGUUUGGCAGAGUUAACAGCAUAAAAAUAAACAUGCUGUGAUUUUAAAAGAUGCUUUGAAUAAAAAUUUAUUUUAAUUUAAACUUUAAA